GAGUGAAAGAGCAAAUGAAAGAAGAGAGCAGGAGAGAGGAGGAGGAAAGAAGCGAGGAGGGAGGGAUCUAAGCUAAGGCUGCAGCGUGGCUGUGUCUGAAUGAAAGAACCCCUCUCUCCCACACUCUCCUUCUGUCUGUAUGUACGGCUUCUGUCCGCUGCAGCAAGUGAACACAUGUCCAGAGCAAACGCGGCGAGAAUCUCCAAGUGACAUCAAGCUGGAAGUAAAUAUUUUGCAAAAACUUUGACGGAAGGUGCGACUAUAAAUUAUCAAACGCUUUCUGAAUUUCAUCCCUCUUUCUAAGAAGCUGGAUUACUUCUUAGCAGUGCUUUUUUUGAGGCUCCAAGAAGAAGUGUCAUGUGUAAGCGUUCUCUCUUUCAAGAACUUGCGUUUUGAUCCACACAUUUUUGUAGCUACUCCAACCUCCGCACACCACCGGGACAUCUCCUAACCAUCAAAAGAAUCCACUGGAUCUGGAUCAGGCUGACCUUAUCUUACCUUAUUUACACACAAUCACAAGGGCAGCUUGCCAUGUAAGCACGAUGAGUCUCCGGCCAACUUGCAGGCAGGUGUGAUGUUGGGUCAGUGUGUUUGACACGCACAUUCACCCUGCAGCACACAAACACACACUCUGUUGCCUGAAACUGCAGAGUCCAGGACAUUAAAUGAGGACAUCCAAUUCACCAAACUUUUUCAGAAAAGCUAACUUUGAGUCUCACACCUGUGCUUGACAAAGGCUGGUGGAGAUGUAACAUGUGCAUUGUCUUUAAACGAAGGCUUCCCUCUUCUCACACAUUAUAGUAAAGUAUCACAAACAAGCUGCUUUGGUUUACUGCAGCAUUGAGUCCAGAAGAGCCAAACUAUCCAGAACUGAAAGAAAUCAUCUUCGCACCAUGACGCUACAGACCUGUAAUUUGCACCAUGCCUUCCUCCCUCACCUCCUUCUCCCCGUACUGCUGUUGCUCCUCCAUGCCUGGCAGGGGUGGGGUCACCCCCAGUGUUUGGACUACAAGCCCCCGUUUGAGCCCCGGCAGCCACUGGUCUUCUGUAAGGAGUAUUCCAAGUUCGGAUGCUGUGAUCUGGAAAAAGAUGAGGAGAUAUCAGUCAAGUUUCACACAAUCAUGGAAAACUUUGACCAUUCAGGUUACAUGUCCUGCGGCAGGUACAUACGCAGCAUCCUCUGCCAGGAGUGUUCUCCAUACGCCGCCCACCUGUAUGAUGCUGAAGAUGCUAACACACCCAUGCGGAUGCUGCCAGGACUGUGCGGCGAUUACUGCUACAACUACUGGCACCAGUGUCGGUACACGCUCAGUCUCCUCUUGGAAGACUUGGGGAGCCCGCAGCAGUUUGCAAAUCUGACUGCAACGAUAGAAGACGAUCGCAGAAGGUUCUGUGACUUCCUGGAGCUGAAGGACAAACAAUACUGCUAUCCUAACGUAUUGACAAAUGCAGAGCUAAAUGCUAACCUUGGCUUUGUGCGUGAGGAUCCCAAAGGAUGUCUGGAGCUGUGCUUGCAGGAGGUUGCCAAUGGGCUCCGAAACCCUGUGGCCAUGAUCCACGCAGAUGAUGGCACUCAUCGAUUCUUUGUGGCGGAGCAGCUGGGUUAUGUGUGGGUGUAUCUGGCCAAUGGCUCCAGGAUUGACCGUCCUUUCCUGAACCUUACCCGUGCAGUUCUCACAUCGCCGUGGGCAGGAGAUGAGAGGGGAUUUCUCUGCAUAGCCCUACACCCAAGGUGGAACACGGUCAGAAAAGCCUAUGUGUACUACUCUGUGUCUGUCAAGAAGGAGGAGAGGAUACGUAUCAGCGAGUUCACAUUGUCAACACAUGAUGACAACCAACUAGACCAUUCCUCUGAGAGAACCAUCCUUGAGGUGGUGGAGCCGGCAUCCAAUCACAAUGGAGGACAGCUUCUAUUUGGCCAUGACGAGUACCUGUACAUCUUCAUCGGUGAUGGUGGUCGAGCUGGGGACCCAUUUGGAAAGUUUGGCAACUCACAGAACAAGUCAACACUCCUCGGCAAAGUGCUGCGUAUUGAUGUCAACAACAAUGAUGAUGGCACCCCGUACAGUAUUCCCUCAGACAACCCGUUUUUGGCAGAGAAGGAAGCACUGCCCGAGGUUUAUGCCUAUGGAGUUCGCAACAUGUGGCGUUGCUCCAUUGACCGUGGUGACCCCGCUACAGGCCGAGGCAGAGGCAGGAUGCUUUGUGGUGAUGUAGGCCAGAACAAAUAUGAAGAGGUGGACCUCAUUGUUAAAGGUGGCAACUAUGGAUGGAGGGCCAAAGAGGGCUUCAGCUGCUACGAUCGGAAACUCUGUCAAAACUCCUCGCUAGAUGACAUCUUGCCCAUCUUUGCCUACCCCCACAAACUGGGCAAAUCGGUGACAGGAGGAUACAUCUACAGAGGUUGCCAGAUGCCCAACCUCAACGGACUCUACAUUUUUGGGGAUUUUAUGAGUGGGCGUCUGAUGUCUCUGAAGGAGAAUUUCACCACAGGUGAAUGGCAGUACAAUGAGAUCUGCAUGGGGAGAGACCAGACCUGCAGAUUCCCCAAACUCAUCAACAGUUACUAUAAAUACAUAAUCUCUUUUGCUGAGGAUGAAGCAGGUGAACUGUAUUUCUUAGCCACAGGAGCUCCGAGUGCCACAGCCAGAGCAGGAGUCAUCUACAAGAUAGUGGACCCUUCCAGGCGAGCGCCGCCAGGAAAAUGCAGCAUCAAGCCUUCACAUGUUAAGAUAAAGGGAAAACUGAUUCACUUCCAUCCCAGAGAAGAGUUUGUAAUCAACAAGAAACCAACCACCACACCUGUACCCACGACAACCACAAGAAAAAGUACAACAACAACAAAAACACCACCAAGAAGAAAAUCACCUAUAGUAAUAAUAAAACCUCCAAUGCCAACAAGAAAAACUACAAGAAAAGUACCACUACCACCACCAACAACGGCAACAACAAGAAAAACAACAUUACAGACAACAAGAAAAACAACGAGAAAAACACCACCACUACCAUCAGCAACAACAACAACUAGAAAAACAACAUUACAGACAAGAAAAACCAUGAGAAAAACACCACCACCAACAACAACAACACCAACUAUAAAAGCAACAACAUUAAAAACAACUUCAGAAACAACAUUAAAACCAACAACCGUACCAACAACUGUCCAGACGGCCAUGGCAACAACUCCCGCUACAACCACACCCACUGGUUAUCACACAACCAUCAUGACUUCAGCCGUCUCUAGGAUUGCUCAAACCCCAAUCAUCACCACACCUCCAACCAGCAGACAUGGGAGACCCCUUCAGUACCAGCCUCGUCUCACACCCCAACCUUUAACCUCACCACAACCUCCUGCUCCUCCAUCCACAACAUCCCUGAAACAACCCCAGACAGCUCUGACCUCUGCACGUUACCCCAAGCGUCCUGGAGCCUUGACCACACCACGGCCGCCAUAUUGGAGCCAGAAUCCCACGGCAUCAGCAUACAAGCCCCAGAGACCGCCUAUGAACACAACGCUGCCUAAAUCACAGCAUGAGAGGCUGUGGCUCGGAGAGAAGCUGGAAAGCACUAGGGAGGGUAACCAGGUGUAUAAGAGGCCUCGAGCAAGAGGUCGAGGUUACAAGAGAAGAAGAAGGCUGCGGGUCGGCACAGUGCGACUGGUAAGCGCUGAUGGUUUAUCAGAUCGAGGUAGAGUGGAGAUCUUUAUCCGUGGUGAGUGGGGGACAGUGUGCGAUGACCUCUUUACCACCAAGGCAGGUACUGUAGUGUGUCGACAGCUCGGCUUCAAGAUGGCACUCGCAGUGAUGAAGAGGGCUGCGCUGGGGGAGGCGGACAGCAGCGUCAGGAUCCUGUUGGAUGACGUGGAGUGUGAGGGCGGGGAGAGGUCACUGCUGGAGUGUAAGAGAGCCAGGGUUGGGAAACACAACUGCUCACAUGGAGAAGAUGUAGGGGUUAUCUGCGGUUAGCACAGAGGGGUGAAAGUGAAAGAAAAGUAUAGGAUGGAAGGGAGGAGACAGUGGAGUGAUGUACGUGUUUUCACAUGUAUUGGAAAGGUUUAAAAGGUUAACACAGACUGCACACUUUUAAGCAUUUAUGUUGGUGAUGUCAGUUUGCUAAAAUUUCCACGAAUAGUAUUUUAGUAAUUUUAAUUUUUAAAGUAAAGUAAUUUUAAAGUAAUUUAAAAAAAUAGAAAUUUUUCAUGUUUUCAAUUUUACAUAAUGUUUCCCAUACACCGCUAAAUGCAAAAAAAAUGUCCACAAACAUCACCUUAAAAUUUCUGUUGAGCAAACCAGAGGAGCAUAGAGGAUGAGAGUUUGUCCAAAACUCACUCAGUCCACUCAACCAAGCACAUUACACCAUCAUUAUUCCAAAUUCAGUUACAGUACUUACCCAUUAAUAUCCAAGGGAAGCUCAUGAGCUUCUCCAACAGUCAUUAAUAACCAUUGUGUAAGGAAGGGCCUGGACAGAUCAGCAUUUAUUAUCAUUUAUUAUCAUCAUUUCAGUGAAACUGCUUGUGGAAGCUUUUUUCUUUUUUCUUUUUUUUUAAGCUGCUUAGAAGUAAACUUGCAUUGUUGUGCAUUGUUGAUCAUCAAAUUAAAUAUAACCCUACUCUGCUUAGAGUGUAAAGUGUUCAACAAAAGAGACAAAGCAUGAUUUGCGGUCAGUCAUGACGCAGCAGUAGAUGGUACAAAUGAUGAUAAUACCAGAUUGUUUGAUGUUUGUCCUGUUACUUCUUCAAGUAUUAACAACUUUCUUUCAUGAAUGCAAAUGAUUUUGAUUUACUCAGAAAUGGUUGACUGGAGUGAGUCUUGGAGAAACUUUACUCAAAUUCUUGUGUGUUGCUGCUUACAUGCUUACUAGACAUCCAUGAGGCAAAAUGACAGCAAAUCCUAAUAAGAUAGUCAUCUGUUUAUUCUACGAAGAUAUUUGUAUUUUUGUAUUGUAUAAUUUCAGGUCUAUUUUCCGAAACUUCUUUUUUAAAAAUUGCAUUUUGAUACCUUUCUGAAUGUAGUUUUAUGAUAAACAAAAAUCUAGAGUUUUAACAAGGAAAUGCUGGACGUUCUGUAUAAUGAAUGUAAUAAAAUGUUUUCAGUUUUAUAUGAAAGAGACUUGAGGGCACAGAGUGCCUGUGAGACAAAUAAAGUUUUACUGCAAAAUGA